AUCAAGAACAAAGAGGUUUGAAUGUAAACCAAGUUUUCAUCCAACACGAACUGCUUCUUAUGAAUUACAGUCUGCUGCAGAUAAAAGAGGAUCAGAAGAAUUAAUCAAUCUUUCUUUCAUGAAUAACAAUAACAAAUCAAUGUUGGAAGAAGAUGACGAUAAUCAAAGUUCUAGUCUACGUGAGCCUACACCUGCUAUGAUUGGACCUGGAAGUGAGUUUUCAACCAUUCAUAGUCAGCAAAGUACUUCUACUAUUUCAACUUUUAAUCAUCAACGACUUUCUCCUUUAUCUCGUAAUAAAAUUUUAGAUCAUCAUUCCCUCCCAUCCUUCAUCAAUCGUCCAUCCUUAUCUGACUUGACCAUUCCAAUUACUACUGUGUCGUCUUCACUUGAUGAUUAUCAGCAUAAUGUAUCAACUUAUAUUGGAUCUGAUACAGCAGCAGAUAAUAAAAAACCUUUUGAAUCUGAUUUAUAUUUGAAAUUAGAAGAGAAGAACAAAACUAUACUCGUGUUGACAGAGCUUGUACAAAAGAAAGAAGAAGAGAUUGAAGUAUUAAAAGCAGACUUGGAUGACUAUGUUUCUGAACUAGGCUCUGUAUGUGAUAAAUUCAAUAGGGAAUUGGAUGAAAUUGCUGAUAUCUACACAACCGAUCAUCAGCAACCUAGUCGACCUUCUCAUCCAUCCCCUGAUAUGCAAUUAAAGAAGAAAUUAGACAUGACUUUACGAGAAAGAAAUCAAUGGCAAUUAAAAGCGACGGAGCUUGAAUACCAACUUCGUGCACUAUUAUUAAAUCAACAUCAUCAGCUUUAUUACAACUCUAUUUUAAAUCAAAUAAAUUCAACGAUGAAACCAAGACUUCAAGAUGAAACUAUCUUGACCAAAAAAAAAUAAAAAAAAAAAGACUGCACAAGUCAAAAAUAGAUAUCCUCUGUGUUAUACCCUCUCUUUCUCUCUCUCUCUCCUUCCUUUUUCUCCCUUUUUUUUUCUUUUUUAACUUAUAAUACAAUAUCUACAACUAUUUCGCUCUUAUCUUUCACAUUUUCCUUCUCUAAAAAUUAUGGCUUAAUUAAAUUUUUUUUUUAAAAAAAAAAA